CGUGCCUUUACCUCCUCUUGCGCUCUCAUGUUAAUGGCGGGUGGCGUCUGCUGAGGAGAACGCGAAUAACCGCUCCCGGCGCAGGGAAAGUCUCCCUGCCUGCCCCAUUUCCUCUCGCCGCCAGUAUUCGAGCUAGUCAGCAUGUCCGUGGUGCCGCCCAAUCGCUCACAAACCGGCUGGCCCCGAGGGGUCAACCAGUUCGGCAACAAGUACAUCCAGCAGACGAAGCCCCUCACCCUGGAACGAACCAUCAAUCUGUACCCUCUUACCAAUUAUACUUUUGGUACAAAAGAGCCCCUCUAUGAGAAGGACAGCUCUGUUGCAGCCAGAUUUCAGCGCAUGAGGGAGGAAUUUGAUAAAAUUGGAAUGAGAAGGACCGUAGAAGGGGUUCUGAUUGUCCAUGAACACCGGCUACCACAUGUGUUACUGCUGCAGCUGGGCACAACUUUCUUCAAAUUACCUGGUGGUGAACUUAACCCUGGAGAAGAUGAAGUUGAAGGACUAAAACGCUUAAUGACAGAGAUCCUGGGUCGUCAAGAUGGAGUCCUGCAAGACUGGGUCAUUGAUGACUGCAUUGGUAACUGGUGGAGACCAAAUUUUGAACCUCCUCAGUAUCCGUAUAUUCCUGCACAUAUUACAAAACCUAAGGAACAUAAGAAGUUGUUUUUGGUUCAACUUCAAGAGAAAGCCUUGUUUGCAGUCCCUAAAAAUUACAAGCUUGUAGCUGCACCAUUGUUUGAAUUAUAUGACAAUGCACCAGGAUAUGGACCCAUCAUUUCCAGUCUCCCUCAGCUUCUGAGCAGGUUCAAUUUUAUAUACAACUGAAUUCCUGCACAGUGGAGAAGUAAAAGAAGCCGUCUCUGUGAGCACAGCUAUAACACAUUGUAGAAUAAACAUGGUAGACAAGGUUUUUUUUGGUUUUGUUUUGUUUUGUUUUUUAUCUCGUCCCCAAUCCCUAAAUUGCUACCUACUUUCUGUUUGAAUAGUAAAGUUAAUAUGAAGAACUAGAUAGUGGUGUAAACAAAUGUGAUAAAGUUUAAUUUACUUUUGGUUCUACUCCUACUUUUUGUACAACAUUAAAGAGUAUGGACUUCUUUCUAUUUGUAUUUUUGUUUUUCACAUUAAACUUGGAAAAUUCUUACA